UCACGAUCUUUCUCUGUGUCAUGUACACUUCUAUGGCUCUAGCUUGCGGUACACUGGGGGACGAGUACGCCAGCCAUGCCAUGACGAAUGACGGCUCUGGGGCAGCGUCAUCUUCAUCGAGAUGGACUCCAACCUCCUUCCUUAUGGCUUCUUCUGCCAAGGCCAAAUAUUCCCUCUUCUUGUCAACAUCCGUCCUGCCCAAUGCUAAAAACAAGAAUGAUACCAUACCAGGCACCACCACAACAGAUAUGAAUAUCGGCGACGUCCUUUUUGGCAUCGUCGGAAUGGCAAUGUCCAUAGCACGCAAUUUAUGUACCUUCCAUUCGAAUUUAUUCCUUCUCUUGAUGACGCUAUCGCUGGCGAGUCAUGUCAAAGCGUUAUAUUCACUCAUCACCCCACCCCAAGAAGCGUCAUCAACCCCAAAAAUGCGUCACCUGCAGGCCAACCUUCCUGUACAAGUCGUCCUCUCAAAGUAUAAAGGACUAAAGGAGCUCAGCAACUUAUUUAAUGCAACCUUUGGACACUUAAUGCUGCUCUAUGUGCUCACGUCUAUAGCCACCAUUGCCACGUAUCUAGACUCGGUUAUCGUAGAGCCGGAUCUUUUCACCAAGAUUCGCAUUGUAUGGAGUACAAAUACAUUUAUCAUAAUUUUGACGGUGGGGUCGAAUAUCUGCAAUCAGAUAAGUGAGCUGAAAACUUGGCUGUCAAAAGAAGACAAUUGCCAACAACUGCCAUUGAGCCAUCUUGUAAUUUUGCUUAACGAACUUAAUGAUAAUCCUGUCGGUGUAAGUGGGAUGGGCCUGUUUACCAUUCAUUACAAGUUUGUCACUGGGCUCGUCAGCACACUUGUGACUUACUUUAUAAUUAUGCUCCAGUUCCAAGUAGCUGCUCGGGAAGUGCAGGAUUGACAGCUUUUUGUGGAUUAUGCGACGUAAAGAAAUUAAUGACAAGCAGAGAUGCAAGGUAACCUUUAGAUGCAUAAGUAUAUGUACAUACGUAUGUAUCUAGG